CUACUCUUGUUAAUUGUCUCAAACCAUCACAUGCACACAAAAACACCCAGAAUUUAGCAUGUACCUAGACGUUUUAUUUGGGUUCAUCAUACUGCUUUUAUGGCGUUCAAAAGGGUGUGGUCAGACCUUCAAUGAUAAAAUUGUCAGCCCAAGUGUGGUUGAGGCUGGAGGAUCUUUUACUUUAAAAUGUGACGCUUCACGUGCUGGUGUUCCAGUCGAUGUUACGACUGUUGCAAUGCUAAUAAUUUCAUGGAAAUUUGGGGCAAAAACAGAAAAAUUGGCACACUACUACACUUAUAUUGAACCAAACAUAUCAACCUUUCGUGAGAACUGGAAUUUUUCUUUUUCUGGAAACUUGCAAAGAACUACACAAUUUCCAAAAAACAGAAACACAAUGAGAAUAGAAGUAGCGGUCUCGAGUGCGAAAUGUGCUGAUGCCGGCUCGUACGUAUGUUAUGCACAACACUUAAAUUCAAGAUAUGAUACCAUACCAACAGAAAGCUUUCAGAAUCUUACUAUUACAUUUACAGCUCCAAGAACUAUGUCGGUGAAUGUAAAUCCUCCGAGCACAUAUAAACCAAACGAGUUUAUCUAUUACAGAGAUUCAGAAAUUGAAUUAACAUGCAGCGUUGAAAAAAGAGUAAAUGAUGUCAACUUUCGAUGGAUGUUUGGUAGCAGCUUAAGUAACGUUAGUAGCUUUCUGCCAUUCACUGCACAGAACGCUAUAUCGGUUACUAAAACAAACAGUUCUGGCUCCACAUGUAACCAGUUUCGUCAUUCCUCAACACUGAGGAUUAAAACCGAAGAAAAGUAUGAUGGCUACAUGUAUAUGUGUAUGGCUACAGACAACAGAGAAACAAUUUCUGGGAACAUGACGAUAUAUGUAUUAGACUCUGGUUAUGGGUACUUAUUGUGCGUCGACUUUAAUGAGUUAAAUAAGUGGGUUUUUAUGGCUUGGAAUAAAGUUUUGAUUCUGCUUAAGGAAGGAACACGAAUGCAUGGUGAGAACGUCUACAAUAGUGAAAGCAAUACAAUUUUGAGCUUAAAAGAGGUUCGGGAAGGCGAAUCAUUCAAAGUGACUUGUGAUGCAUCGCGUGCUGGUGUUUCAUACAUGGUUGCACAAGCUUUGGAAAUUGAAUAUAAAUAUGGGAAGAAAGAUCCAGUAAAAAUAGCAGAAUACACGACUUCUACUCCACCAAAAAGAAUACAGGUAUGUAUUUCAUGA